AUGGCGGUGGAGUCAGCUAUGCAACCGAGCAAGGUGCGGUGGGGGGAGCUGGAAGAAGACGACGGGGAGGAUCUGGACUUCUUGCUGCCGCCGAAACAGGUUAUUGGACCUGACGAGAACGGGAUAAAGAAAGUGGUGGAGUACAAGUUCAACGACGAGGGAAACAAGGUGAAGAUUAUCACCACAACCCGCAUCCGCAAGCUCGCCAACGCCCGCCUCAGCAAGCGUGCCGUGGAACGUCGCUCCUGGCCUAAGUUCGGGGACGCUGUCCAUGAGGAUGUCGGCAGCCGCCUUACCAUGGUUUCCACUGAAGAGAUUCUCCUUGAGCGUCCCCGUGCUCCAGGUACCAAACAAGAGGAGAGUAAGGUUGCUGGCGAUCCUUUAGCUCAAAUGGGGAAAGGAGGAGCUGUUCUCAUGGUUUGUAGGACCUGUGGUAAAAAGGGUGAUCACUGGACAUCAAGGUGCCCGUACAAAGAUCUUGCUCAACCAAGUGAGAGCAUCAAUGAUAGGCCCCCUUCGUCAGAAGCUACUGCUCCUGCAACUGGUGCUACAAAGGGAGCAUAUGUUCCUCCAAGUAUGAGAGGUGGUGGUGCUGAAAGGGUUGGUGGGACUGAUAUGAGACGUAGGAAUGAAGAGAACUCUGUUAGGGUCACCAACCUUUCAGAAGACACACGGGAGCCUGAUUUGCUUGAGCUAUUCCGUCCAUUUGGUAACGUGAGCCGAGUUUAUGUUGCUGUUGAUCAGAAGACUGGCAUGAGCAGAGGUUUCGGUUUUGUCAACUUUGUGAACAGGGAAGAUGCUGAAAGGGCUAUUAACAAACUAAAUGGAUAUGGGUAUGACAAUCUCAUCCUCAGAGUUGAAUGGGCCGCUCCUAGGUCAAACUAG